UUCAACCAGCGCCUCAUGUUACGAUCUCUCUUCCUGGAAAUCCUCCGCACUUCAAAUCCUCACUCUUCCCUCAUUUGGAAGCUAAAACCACCUUCUUAACCCGUUUCCGCAUUCUUCCGAACAGAUUUCCUUCGUCAAAGAUCCUACCUUUUUUAUUCUGAUCGAUUACGGAGGUGGAUCGAUCAUUUGAGCCGGCAAAGAUUCAGUCUUUGCAGAUGAUCGAGCCGCCAAAUUGUUGUAUUUAGCUUCGAUCGAACGUUAUCGGUCUUCAUUUUGAGGGUUUUAAGCAAUCCGUCAAAAUUCCGCUCCGGAGGCGAUCGGCGAGCUCCCCCCUCUUCCAGCCUCUCACCUCCGAGAGCAGCGGAGAUGAGUUGGCGCACCCUCGGAGCAUAUGGACUAGGGUCCGAACUUUGAGCCUGCUGAUGGUGCGGCUCCUCAAGCGAGGGCACGGCCUCGAGAAACCCUACGAUGAGGAGGGCGACGAGGAGGCUGACGCCGCUGUGCGCCAGGUGCAGAGUCAGAUACUGGAGGGUGUGGGGCGGAAUAGUCCAGCGUACGAUGAUGACAACUACGGUGUGCUCUUCCACUGGCAGGGGGAGGCCGGCGCCGACCGCCCUCGCAGGGCGCUGCAGAUUGACCGCUCGUCCUGCAUCGGCUCGAGGCCGCGGCUGAGCAAAGAUGGAGGCGCCAGAGAAGCAACCCCUUCUGAGAUGGGGUUGAUGAAAGAUAGAUAUGCAAAGCUGCUUCUUGGAGAGGAUAUGUCAGGUGGUGGCAGAGGAGUUUCAUCUGCUCUUGCUUUGUCCAAUGCCUUCACCAACCUUGCUGCAUCUGUAUUUAGCGAACAAUCACGCUUAGAACCGAUGCCUGCUGAAAGAAAAGAGAGGUGGAGGAGGGAAAUCGACUGGCUUUUAUCUGUGACCGAUCACAUUGUUGAGUUUGUUCCUUCUAGACAGACAUCAAAGGAAGGGGUUACCAUAGAGAUAAUGACGACGCAACAACGCAGAGAUCUUCAAAUGAACAUCCCCGCGCUUCGCAAGCUAGAUGCAAUGCUCAUAGGUUCCCUUGACGACUUCAUGGACCAGAACAUGUUUUGGUAUGAUUCAAGAGAUGCCGAUGAAUCAGAAAAGGGAAGAGCGCGGAGGAAGGACGACAAAUGGUGGCUUCCUACAGUGAGAGUCCCCCCUAAUGGACUCCCUGAGGAGUCCACUAGAUGGAUUCAGUUCCAGAAAGAUUCAGCUUCACAGGUACACAAGGCAGCCAUGGCGAUCAAUGCUCAAGUUCUCAUGGGAAUGGAAGUCCCUGAAGCCUAUGUCGAAUCUCUUCCCAAGAAUGGACGGUCAAGCCUAGGAGAUGCUAUCUACAAAUGCAUCACAGAUGAUGUCUUCGACCCCGAAGAAUUCCUCAGAAUGGUGGAUUUGUCAACCGAGCACAAGAUUCUUGAUUUGAAAAACCGAAUCGAGGCUUCGGUUGUGAUCUGGAAGAGGAAAGUGCUAGACAAGGAAGGCAAGCAUCAUUCCUGGAGUUCGGCGGUCAGUUUGGGGAAGAGGGAGCUGUUCGAAGAGAGAGCUGAGAUCAUCUUAAUCCUCAUCAAGCAAAGGUUUCCUGCCAUCUCUCAAUCAGCUCUGGAUAUCAGCAAGAUCCAGUACAACAAAGAUGUAGGACUAGCAAUCCUAGAGAGCUACUCGAGGAUCCUAGAAAGCUUAGCCUUCGUGUUGAUUUCGCGAAUUGACGAUGUCCUAUAUGCGGAUUCUCUCGCGAAAGGUUCAACCACCAAGUGUCCAGAGGGGAGGCAACCGAUGCACGAUACUAGAGAAGAAACAAAGUCAGCCUCAUUGAUGAGUCUAUCGGAUUUCAUGAGCUGGGAUCGUGAGACCGGACAUGGCAUUGAGAUGAGGAAUGCCGGAGGGGGGAUGGUGAAGAGGCCUACCGAAGUGAAGGACGACAAGAAGUUUUGUUACUUGGUGGAGCACGUAGGAGGCACGAAAAGUCCUGCGGCUCGUCAUUGAUAGGCACAACCGCCUCCCAAUUGUGUUCGAGCGUAGAUAGUUUAUAGGCACAAGAGCCAUUGUAGAUCUUACAGUCUUAUUUGCUCUUUUAAACUUGUUGGCUGAGAAGAGGUACUACUAUAUCGCGAUGCAUCAUUUGAUUUCUGAUUCUAGUUUACAAUAUUGAACAAAACUAAUGAAGAGGGUCUUCACGAGUAAGUAGGGUUGUA